AUGUCCCCCCUGCAGCGUCCCCGGCCAUCUCCUCCGGUCGAUGCCGGCAUCCCUCUUCCGGGUUCCGUUUCCUGCAAGCGUCGAGACGUACGGGGGACGGAACCGGCAGGAAAUUCAAAAAUUUUAAAAAAAAUCUGAUAGUAUAACAUUACUGUAUCAAACCAUUUCAUAUACAUUUUGUCCCUAGUGCUUUGUCCUGUGCCCUGCCUGCAUUUUUACUGUUCUUUUUGCCUGGAAACUGGGAAACGUCCAUGGCGUCCAAAAAGCGUCCGUUUAGGUCAAAAGCAGUUUUAGACCAGCUACAGACAGCGAUAGUAAAUUAGAACCACUUGCAGAAUUGA